AUGCCUUUCAACAUCUGGUUCAAGUACAGUGAAAGUCAGCCGGAUAAAGACAGGUUUGAUGGAGAGGAUGUCGACGACCUGAAGGAGGCGAUAAAAAAAAGCUCAAACCAAGCGUCAAACCCGCCCAAAAAAAAACACAUUUGCGUUAUCGUAGAUCUUCUUAUCACCGAGCAAGAACUUUUUAGAACAGUUAUUCCCGAUCUAUCUUUUGUUAGGAUUAAAACAAAAUCCACAGUUAAAUCAGCUUCGCGAAGAGUGCCAAAUGAACCGGUGGAACCAUGGAAUGCUUUUCUUGGCGGCGCAUUUAAUGCUUCGUUAUCAAUUAAUGCAGAAGAUCGUAAGUUUUAUAAACCUAAUUUCCCUCAAUUAUCCAUAAAUUCGGAAGACACAACGGUUGAUCUAUUUUUGAAAGCACUUGAUAAAGUCAACGAUCAAAGAUUGGCUUCUCUAAAACAUCCACAAAUGUGGUGCAAGAGUAAUCAAGCUACUAUUGUCAAGGGAGAACCGGAUAUUGUACUUAUUGGAGCCCCAGACAGUACAACACUUUAUUCUAUAAAUGCGAGCGGGAUACGUUUGUUAGCGACGGUUGAAGCCAAACCAAAUCAGUUUAUGAGCCAAAUCAUGCAAGAAAUUAUUAAUGAAAAUGAUCUUUUAGAUGACAAUGAUGAAAGUGAAUUGUACUCUAUAUAUAACUUAGCAAGAGGAGUAAGGGAUCACCAUACAAAUAAUUAUUCUAAAUACGACAAAUUAAGAAGAAUUGUUCAUCAAGGGUUCGGAUAUAUGGUGGUUAACGACUGUCAAUAUGGCAUAAUUGCAACACUCAAUCAAACGUGGUUUAUAUGUCGUAGACCUGAUAAUCCAAGUACUCUUUGCAUUUCUCCUGCGGUUUCAGUCAAUCAGUUACACACAUCCAAUCGAGCUUCGUUUUGGGAGUGUCUGCGAUAUUUUGAAGAUUUAUCUAUGUCAAAUCCAACUGUACAUUCUGAUCCGCCCAUAAUAAUAACUAUCAGUGAUAUCAGUGAUGAUGAGGGCUCAGAUGAUCAAGAUGAUUCACCUCCACCACCUCCACCUGAUAAGAAAGGCCAGAAAAAGAAAGACUCUGAUUAUAACCCAUCAUGCAAAUGUAAAUUUUCAUCAGCUGGUGGGAGUUCAGGAGUUAGUUCUCGAACUCGGAGUAAAACCAAUAAUACUGUAAUAGUAAAUUAUACUGAGUUAAGAGAAACCAAGGAAGAAAUAUUACUUAAAUAUAUGAAAAACUAUGAUCAUAACCAGUUUACCUUUGGCCAUAUGUUGGGAUAUGGUCGAACAGGAAGUGUCUUUGAAACAACACUUGGCAGAAAAACAGGUGCUCUCAAGAUGGUUGCUUUAUAUAAAGAUCAAAAUAAACUAGAAGAACUGCUUAAUGAAAUCAAGAUAUACAUUGGACCUCUCAAGGAAAUUCAAGGCAUUUACAUACCAAGACUUCUAAAAUUUGGGGUUCUUCAUGAAGCAUUUGUCUUUAUUCUUACAUCUCUUGCUGAAGAAGCUUUUGCAAUAAUGGGAGAUAAUAUCACAAGAAAAGAAAAGCAGUUAGCCAUUAAGGGCUUACAGAAAUUACAUUCAAAGGGAGUGAUGCAUGGAGACAUUCGAUUAGAAAAUAUAAUGGUGAAGAGAAAGAAUGAUGGUUCAACUUGUGUGUGGUGGAUUGACUUUGGAUGGAGCAAAAUGACAGAUAAUGUGAAAGAUUUAAACAAGGAAUUAACCAAUUUAAAAUAUUUGCUUGGAAUGGCAGGCACAAAAUAA